AUGGACGCGGGCGAAUAUGAGACGAACACCCUGUUGAUUGUGAGCACGCGCUUCCCCAGAAGCAACCUCUCGGCUAUUUCCUUCCGUAUCUAUGAGCCAAUCGCCUCGCAGUCCAUCUAUACAUUCAAUGCUUCCGAUGUCGAGGACGCCCUCCGCAAUGAUGGCCUCCUGGUCUACAUGGAUGCCGUCAGACGCGGCAUUUGGUGCUUCUAUCUCUCGUCCAACGACCCCUCCACGACCACACAUCCUGAACAGCUCGGCCUACAUGCGCGGAUGGAGGUUUGUGGGUACCCCCUCGGCCUAGUCGCAAACGGCAGCUUUGAGCCUGUGGGACUGUUCAGGAAUCGGCCGUUGGGGCCAAAUGCAAUCAACACACCAACCAGUUCAUCGUCGACCAAUUCCGCCGUGGAGGUGAAGUUCAGCUUCGAUGGCAAGGCUGCGCCCAUACCGAGUCAGGACUUUAAAGGGUACAGCACGGUCCCGGUACGGGAAAUUUACGAAUUCUUCGUCAAGGCGGUUUUGUCAUCUUUGACAACCUUCUUCUGCCGCAAUUCUGGCGCCAUCCUGCUCAAUCACCGCACUGUGCUUCUUCCCUCCACCGCUUUCGCCUCCGGAGACGCCGAUUGGAACCAAAUACCAAAACAGGCCGCCGUAGGCACGUUUCGCACACACUUGACUACUACGGGCUCACUUCUCAUCUCUCUUCAUGUCUCUCUACUCCACGGAAUGGUCUCCAGUGCCGAUGUACUGCGAUCAAGCCUGCUCUCGGCCAGCUCAACGGUCCUUGCUGCCCCGUUUGGAACGUUUGGAACCUUACAAGGGGUUAUUAGUACGGAUGAGACCCAAGCGGGCGAGAGUGGUAGUUUUGGUCAGUAUCCCGAGACGCAAGUUACACGAAUGCGACAGAACCACACCGAGAGGUUCAUUCAAUGGAAGAACACCUGUUACACACUGCUUCAGAUGAAGGGCAUGUCGCCAUCGCUGCUGGAUGGGAGUCCUUGGCUCAACAUACACUUCACCCAACGAAAACCAUACGACUACCGCCCAGAUGGCAAGAGGACACCGCUCAGCAGCUCUGGUCCAACGGCUCCAUGGCCGGCUGUCCUCUGUUUCCGCAAGCCUAAACUUGAGUCAAUGGCUGAUGUACCCUUCGAGAAGGCCUUCAAUGCCACUGGGAUCGAGAGUAUGGAUCCGUUAAACAAGGCCAAGGUGUGGUGUGAAGGCGUGUCGGAACGCGAAGAGGCCUUGGCAAGGCGUAAGAAGGAAAGAGAUAUCACUGCAGCACAGGAUCACGCCCAGCUAGCAGAUCAGAAAGGGCAGUCUCAGACAAACGGUUUGUCGCCCAUGGGAGCAUGGCGUCCUGCCAACGGAGUCGUGGCUGGAUCUACAGCUGGAGCAAUGUACCCGACCCCUCCAGAUGGUGUGCAGCAGAUUGGAGCUGCAGCCUUUGAUGCUGCCCAGAUGCAAAGCCCAUCAGGCCAGCUCCCAUCGAAUAACAUAGCGGGAGUUGGAGAUCAAGCAACGCAAGUUACUGCUGGUCAAGCUCAGGGGCAAGCUUCGGCGCUUGCUCCGGCCCCAGCUGCUGUCACUGAACCGGCCUUUAACUCAACCAAUUUUCCAGAAGAAAGCUAUUAUGGAGAUCUGGGAGAAAAUUUGUUCGAGGGCAAUGAGCUCACGGAGGCCGACUUUGAGAACAUCUUUGAUGAGCAGCCCACCAGCAUGGACUUGUACAUGCCAAUGCUGGACGGUGAGCCCGCUCAGCCUGCUGUUCAGGACAACAGCCAAAAUCAAGGAGGUAUGGAAGGCGUCCAGAUGACGCCGAGUCAAGAAGAGCAAGGGGCGAGCUCAAAGCCAUUGCCACCUGUGUUUGCUGCGAGACCGGACUUGAGGCCUCCUAACAACAACACCUUGGUUAAUCAACAAGCCCUGCAACAAAGUAAUACGGAAAACUUUAAUCGUAAUUCAGCCAUCGGCAUCAAGCGACACCCUAGCCCAUUUAACCCUGAGACUGUCUUCAAGAGGAUCUGCCCAGCAUUCUCCCGGCCGCCGCCGGUACCAUUGGCACAGCGAAGUCUACCCUCGCGGCAAAGUGCGCGUCACAACAGCGUGUUUGAGCCGAUCGAGUUUGACCCGUCUCUCGCGCUGACUAGCAAGAAAUAUGGCGAGCAUGGCCUGUUCGAUUACCGAUCCGCUCUCAAGAACAAGGAAAGCGAUGCGUUUUUCAAUGUUAGUCCUGCUAGCACCAGCUUCCCAACGAACGUUCGCCAAUGCAAGAGCCAAAACAACCCCCCUCAAGAUUUUGGGUCAAUCCUCGUCAAGCUGGCAGCAGGGCACGCGAACGGCUCAGUAUCUCAGAAAGACGUCUUUUCCGACUCUGAAUCCAGCACCUGGACCUCAGACGACGACGAGCACGCGGCGAAUGAUGCCUCAGGGCGUGCGUCAUCCCCAGCCAAGUCUAGUGUUCUGCAACGGCGCCGGCCAGAUGAUGAUGUCGUCUCUAUCGCCGCAUCCUUCCGCGAAUUGGACCACCUCUCGGCCGACUCUCCCGGCUAUGGACCCGUCGAUAUUGCUCGUCUGUCGACGGCCGAGAUUCCCGAGCUCUCGUUGUCUCGGUACUUCGCCGACCCGGAGCCUGCGCCGCUGCGUUUGUCGGUUUCGGAUGCCGAUUUCAUCACCGUGGCUCAAAUCCUCACUGAGCAGGCGGCGAGUGGGUUUCUGAAGCUGCCUGCUGAACGGCCCUAUUCGGACCUCCAGGAUGCCAGGAGGAGCUUGGUCAAAGCUAUUCGGUACUCGGUCCGCGGUCUGCAUAAGGCAUUGCCGCGAACACUCUCUGGGGCAGUCGGUUGCCAACUGCGGCCGUUGGCCGAGGUGCAGGACGUGCCGUUAAUGCAGCCGAUUGGGAGGGUACAAGUAAGGGCGAAUGAGGUCUCGAAGUCCAGUAUCUUUUCCAUACCGGUACCACAUGUCGAGCUGAGGAGGUAUGACAACCAGCUGUCGGUGCUGCCGUCGGCUGUGUCGUUCUGGGAGACACUGGGUCUGGGUCCGGUCCAGGGACCGAAGGAUAUUGUCGCCGUCUGUGUGGUGCCGCAGGUUGAGGGUAUGAGAGAGAACGCUGCGGCGUUCUUGGAUAGGGUGCAGAGCACCUACGAGGUGCUACGGCUGGGUAGCUUCGACAGGCUACCUACGUCAGGAAACGUGGUGGAUGGCUUGGUCCUGCUUGUCACGGAUCAAGAUGUUGGGUCUCCCGGUUUGAGCAUGAACAUGCAGCGGUCGGCGUUCAGUCACCCAAUGGCGAAGGUGGCAUUGGCAUGUGCCAGUGCCCAAAUAACGGAGAAGAACAUCGUCGUAUUCUUCGCCUACACCCCUGAAAAGCCGGGCUCGAUUGUCGACGCCUGCUCUGCUUUCCAAGAACUCUUCGAGCACUACAAGCGGUUCCUGGUGGAAAAGAAAAAGCCCGUUGCAAACGAACUCGCUUUACAACUCAUCCCGCUUGACUACAUCGUCUCCGAGACAGGCCUCGUCGUUCUAACCCCUUCCGAGUGCGCUCGCCUCUGCAUCGAGACCUACGACCGCUGCACGCUGUUCGGCGGGCCCAUGCCCUCACCUGCUAUCCUCCUUGAAAAGGCCCUGCCGCGCGCAAUCGACUUCAAGCUCGCCGCCACACCUUCCCCAAACCUCCUUCGCGAAAACCAAUGCAUCCACAUCGCCUACGCACGCAGCAUCGACGAGCGCUGGGUGACCGCCGCGUGGACAGACAAUCGCGGCAGCAACCAGGCCAUUGCAUCGUACUGUCUCGGCCGGAGGGGGAGGCCGCUCUCGCGGCCCUUCUCUGACGUCGUCCAUGAGAUCUGGGAGACCACACAGGCUAUUAUCUCGACAUGCAAAGUCCAUUGGCGAGUGAUUAUCACCAAGUGUGGCCCCAUGGACCCCCAUGAAAUCGAACUCUGGGCAGCGCGCGCGCAGGCCGAGACGAGAUCUAACGUCAGCUUGGUGCUGCUGACGGUCGACACCGAUCCGUCGCUGCAGCUUAUCCCGCCGGCAGCGACAAUACCGACGUCUGCGCCGUCGGUGUUUUACUCGACGCCUGUGUCAACCCCACAGCCGAUGUCGUCCAUGUCGCCGGGCGAGAACCCGCCUACCCCAUCCGGCUUCGGGGGUAGUUCGUUCACCCCCGGAGGAGGAGGGGCGGGGGAGUCCUCACAAACGCCCGGCUCCCAGCCGCAGUCGCAGCAACAGCAGCAGAUUGACCUCACUGCAGGUGCGGAUGGAGAGACUACUCUGAUUGACCCCUCUGAGAUGACACACGGCGUGCUACUUUCCCACCGGCUCAACAAUUCCCCUUCCCUAACAGACCUCAACCCGGCCCUUGCAAGCGGGUACCUCAUCAAGCGGGGAGGUCCACGGCCUGAGGAUCUCCCGGUUGCCAUGGAGGGGGUUAGGGACGCUGGCAAGGGUUAG